AUGGUCGUUCCGGCGGACAAAAGGCCCGCAGCAACCACCCGCAGCAUGUUGCUCCUGCUGCUGCUGGCGGCGGCGGCGGUGGUAACUCCGUCCCUUGGAUUCGUAGUGCCGCCAGCGGCGCCCGCCGCCGCGGCUCGAUGGCAGCCCGGCUGCGGCGGUAGCAGCACGGCAGCAGCCGGCCAGCCUCGCGCCCAGGGGAUGAGGACGUACACCAUCGGAGCAACAGGGUUCCACGGCGGCGGCGGUGGUAGCAGCAGCCGGACGGUGGCGCCGCCGACGAUGAUGGCGACGCCUCUCCCGGAAACGCCCGACGCUCCGCCCUCGACGGAGGAGCUGCGGCCGGCGCUGGUGUACGGGGAGUCGGCGACGCGAUCCUUCGUCAAGGCGCUCGUCUGGCGACUGACCGCGGGGGUGGUCACGUUGGUGUCCGGGUUGGUGUUCUCGGGAAGCCUGGCCACGGCGAUGAGCAUCGUGGGGUCGGACUUCGUCACCAAGAGCGGCUUCAUGUUCGCGGGCGAACGCCUGUGGAACAAGGUGAAGUGGGGCCAGGACAAGUCCGGGGACAGCACGAAGAGGUCUCUCGCCAAGGCGGUCUUGUGGCGAGUCUUCGCCGCCUCCAACACCCUAAUCUGCGGCGUGUUCCUGGCCAAGGACCUUAGCGUAGCCUCCAAGAUCGCCGGAACGGAUACGGUGUUCAAGACGGCACUCUUCUUCUUGAACGAGCGAGCAUGGACUAAGAUCAGCUGGGGCAAGGAGUACGAGCCGGAGUAUUACCUGUAGGGGGUGUCAAGAAGAAUAGGGGGCGUUGUGGAUGAUGAUAGGUGGUAGGGGGGUUGGCGAGCCUCUCGUAUGGUAUACAUACGGCCGUGUUGUUUGUAUUUUUAUGUUUUUUUUAUGUUGGCUCGUGUGUUGGUGUUGUUCAAUAGUGAUAGUGGAACCCCCCAUGUA